CUCGUGUCAAUCAUCUCUUCAGCAUUGUGAUUGGUCAGUAACGUUACUUGUGCUUGCGUUGUAGAUCCAGUGUAGCAUCUGAAGCGGCUGUUUCAGCGAUAAACUGAUGUAAAAGAGACACAUAUUGUGUGACAACAUGACCACACUUGAUGAUAAGAUCCUUGGGGAGAAGCUGCAGUAUUACUACAGCAGCAGUGAGGAUGAAGAGAGCGAUCAUGAGGAAGAGGAGAACGCAUCCAAAAGCAUCCGCGACCAGGAGGUGCUGGAUGUGGAACUGGACUACAGCGCCGAUGGCAGUUCGGUCAACACUGGGCCGAAGGGAGUGAUCAAUGACUGGCGUAAAUACAAACAGCUGGAGAAUGAGCAGCGCCUGGAGCAGCAGAAAGAGAUGGAGCGACUCAUCAAGAAACUCAGCAUGACCUGCAAGUCACAUCUGGAGGAAGAAGCCGACAGACAGAAACAGAAGGAGCUGCAGGAUAAGAUCACAGGCAAGAUGAAUCUCCAUGUGGAUGAUGAAGAAGAGGAGGAGGAGGAUGAUGAUGAAGCCUUCCUCCAGCAGUAUCGGCUGCAGCGCAUGGAGGAGAUGCGGCGGCAGGUGUGUGGUGGGCGGCGCUUUGAAAAGUUGAUUGACAUCUCAUCGGGGGAGGAGUUCCUGCGUGCCGUAGACGAGGAGGGCAAGAACACUCUGGUGCUGGUCCACAUCUACGAGCCAGAGGUGCCCGCCUGCCAGGCCAUGGAUGGAAGCCUGCUCUGCCUCGCACUGCAGUACCCAAUGGUGAAGUUCUGUCGAGUCCAGGGCUCUGCGGUCGGCACCAGCGCUCUUUUCCGCAGUUCAGCUUUGCCAGCCCUGCUGCUGUACCGUGGCGGUGAGCUGGUGGGGAAUCUGGUGCGUGUGUCCGAUCAGCUCGGAGAUGAUUUCUACGCCACAGACGUUGAAGCCCUGCUGCAGGAAUAUGGGCUUCUUCCCGAGAAAUACACACAGUCAAACACACACUCGUCUAUUCGCAAUGCCGCUGUCACUCACCCUAACGAUUCUGACAGCGACCUGGAUAUAGACUAAAUGCGUGAUGUCUGUAUGCAUACAUGCACACCAAAAUAUACACUCUUGUAUACUUCCACAUAGUGAUUCAGACCCAAUACAGUGACCAAAAGCAAACAAUGGCUGUAGCUCAGAAAAAUGUGAGAUACACUACUGUAAACUCUGGAUUUAGGCAUUUCACAGAUCAUGAUUACUGGAACAAUACAGUAGAUAUCAUUAGAUGUAUUUAUGUGUGUCUUAUUUCAGACACUUUCGGAAUCGGGAGUGUUUCUUUAUGCAAAAAAAUGCAAAACCCUUCAGAGAAUCCUGCAUCGAUAUUUCACUAUUUAUUAUAGUUUUAGAUGUAUGUGUUUGUUUAUUUGUGUGUUCUGGACAUAUUAGUUUGCUUUAGCCUCUGUUAGUUUUAUACAUUUUGUAAACAUAUCCAUCAAGACAAUUGCAUAAAAUAAAAACAUGAUUGUAAAUAGA